AUCCUCUCUCAAAAUCCUUUUAGUUCUCAAGAAAAUAUCAACGGGAGAUAAAAAUGGCGACAAAAAUGGCCGGGGCUGCACAUAAUAUGAGGAAGACAGAAGUGUCAAGUUUGGUUGGGAAGCUUGAGGUUGAUGUUGACAUCAAGGCCUCUGCUGGGAAGUUCCAUCACAUGUUUGCUGGUAGACCACACCAUGUCUCCAAAGCAUCUCCAGGCAAUAUUCGGAGUUGUGAUCUGCACGAAGGCGAAUGGGGAAAAGUUGGUUCUAUCAUCUUUUGGAAUUAUGUUCAUGAUGGGGAGGCAAAGGUAGCGAAAGAAAGGAUUGAGGCAGUGGAGCCGGAGAAAAAUUUGAUCACUUUUAGGGUGAUAGAGGGAGAUUUAUUAAAAGAGUAUAAGAGCUUUGUCAUCACCAUCCAGGCGACUCCUAAACAGGGAGGACCUGGGAGUACAGUGCACUGGCACGUUGAGUAUGAGAAAAUUGACGAGAGAGUGGCUCACCCUGAGACUUUCAUUGAGUUCUGUGUUCAAGUUUCCAAAGAGAUAGAUGAACAUCUCCUGAAUGAGGACUAGAGAAGAGUGUUCUUUAGUUGUAGUAUCUACCCUAUCCAUAUAUGUGUGCAAUGAAGCAUAUGUGUGUUUUAGUCUAUAAAAGUACAAUAAAUAAGGAGUCGUGUCCUAAACAGAUCGGUGAUAUAAUAAUAUAGGUGUUGUAUUCUAAAUGUGUGGAUAUGUUAUGUUUAGUCUUAAUAAAAGUUUGUGAUAUAUGUUUGUAGAUAAAUUAUAAGAAAAAAAUAAUUAUGUUAAUAUCAUAUGAAUCAUAUAUUUUGAGAGAUUUUCCACUGAAAAUGAUGUUAUGUUUAUUUAUUUUUAUCACCAGGUUAUUGUCUUUUUGUUGGACUGGUUUUGUGAUGUCUUGGCAAGAUCAAAACUC